AUGGAUUCAAACUCUGUGAAAUCACUUACAGUUCCUCCAGAAAUGAUCCGAAAAGUUUUGUCUGAAAAAUGUCGAUCAUUAACCAACUUUUGUUUUAAAUAUAACAAAAAUAGAUGGCUCUCAAUGUUCGAAAGAUUUAUGAUAAUCAUUAUCUCAUUUUUGGUCAUUCCAGACAAUUUUAAUGGUUCAAUAGUUACCUACGAUUGUUUAAUUUCAUUUUAUGCCACUACAAAAAAAGCUUUUAGAUUUAUUUUUCAAUCAACAAUCAACAAGAACAGUAGCCAACAGUCGAAUCGCGUCAAAGUAAACAUAGGAGAAUUUGAAUUUGUUAUUCUUAAAAAGAUAUUACCAAUAACUUACGUAUUGCUAUCGAAUAGUCUGUUUGUCAACAGUAACAAUAACAAUAACAGUAACAUUAACAAUAAGAAUAACUUCACUUACAGCAAUAACAAUAACAAUAUUAAUUAUAAUAAUAACAAUAAUAACAAUAAUUACUAUAACAAUAGUUUUUUUAAUUUAAAUAAUCCAUUUAUUAGUUAUUUGGAGAGUCAAGAUAUGGAGAUCGAAUAUCUUUCUCAGCAGAUAUUGCUACUAAACCAACAAACACUACAAAUGCGACCAACGAACCAACAACAACAAUAUCAACAUCAACAGCAGCAACAACUCAAAUUACAGCAACUACAACCACAGAACAACAACGAUCGUUCGAACUUCUGA